UGAGAAGAGAGAAGAAAAUGAAAUUAAAAACUAUUCCAGAAAAUGAAGAGCUUCUUGACUGUAUUACUCCUAACUGCUACAUCAAGUGUGUACGGAGAUGUGAAGGGGUCCCUGGGCAACUGUUUAAAUAAUGAUCCUGAUAAACUAAACUCCUGUCAUAUUGAGCUCACAGAAACCCUUAGAGUGAAUAUGCGUACCGGAAUUCCAGAAUACAACGUCGAGCAGGGAGAACCACUUCUUAUACCAGAACUCCAGUUCAACCUCAACGAUGCUGCAUCCAAGCUUAAGGCUGAAUUCCACAAGAACAUAAUCUCCGGGUUGUCUAACUUUAUCGUCAACGAUUUCAGAACAAACACUGAGAGAAACUUACUCUUCGUUGAUCUCACCAUUCCGGAGCUUUCAGCAACAGGGCAAUACGCGUUGGACGGAACUAUCUCCCUUGUUGACGUAGAAUCCUCGUCCGGAGAUUUCCAGAUGACGAUGACAGAUGUUAGCGCCAUAUUGGUCGCUAAACUUAGUAAAGUUAAUGGGAAGGUCGUUAUAGAGGAGAACCCUAGGAUGACGAUCAAAGUUAAAGAAGGCAACAUGAAGGUUAACAUGGAGAACUUGUUUGGUGGAAAAGCACCGAACCUAGCCGAGGUUGUUCACACAGUGAUAAAUAGAUCUCCCGAUCUAUUCCUGGAAGAUUUCAAGCCAGUUCUCCGUAUUCAUAUCGGAGGAAUGCUGAAGAACUUGUUUAAUGCUGUAGCAGAUAAUGUGGAUCCAGCUAUUUAUGGACUUUAAACAGAACAUUGUACAUUUAUGUAAUCUUACAUUCAUAAUUUAUGUAAUCUUAGUAUAAGCCAAGAAUGUAAUGCAAGGAAAGUUUAUUGCGGUCGUGUAUACUCUGCGUACAUAUUGAAACCAGUUCUCUUUGGGCG